AUGUCCAACAGCAGCUCCAUCAGCCACUUCCUCCUGCUGGCAUUGGCAGACACGCGGCAGCUGCAGCUCCUGCACUUCUGCCUCUUCCUGGGCAUCUCCCUGGCUGCCCUCCUGGGCAACGGCCUCAUCAUCAGCGCCGUAGCCUGCAGCCACCACCUGCACAGCCCCAUGUUCUUCUUCCUGCUCAACCUGGCCCUCAGCGACCUGGGCUCCAUCUGCACCACUGUGCCCAAAGCCAUGCACAAUUCCCUCUGGGACACCAGGCACAUCUCCUAUGCAGAAUGUGCAGUCCAACUAUUUUUUUUUGCCUUUUUUGCCUCAGCAGAGUUUUAUCUCCUGACCAUCAUGUGCUAUGACCGCUACGUGUCCAUCUGCAAACCCCUGCACUAUGAGACCCUCCUGGGCAGCAGAGCUUGUGCCCACAUGGCAGCAGCUGCUUGGGCCAGUGCCUUUCUCAAUGCCCUGCUGCACACAGCCAAUACAUUUUCCCUGCCCCUGUGCCAUGGCAACACCCUGGACCAGUUCUUCUGUGAAAUCCCACAGAUCCUCAAGCUCUCCUGCUCAAAUUCCUACCUCAGGGAACUUGGGCUCAUUGCAGUCAGUGCCUGUUUGGUACUUGGUUGUUUUGUGUUCAUUGUUUUCUCUUAUGUGCAGAUCUUCAGGGCUGUGCUGAGGAUCCCCUCUGAGCAGGGACGGCACAAAGCCUUUUCCACCUGCCUCCCUCACCUGGCUGUGGUCUCCCUGUUCCUCAGCACUGGCACAUUUGCCUACCUGAAGCCCCCCUCCAUCUCCUCCCCAUCCCUGGACCUGGCCCUAUCUGUUCUGUACUCAGUGGUGCCUCCAGCCCUGAACCCCCUCAUCUACAGCCUGAGGAACCAGGAGCUCAAGGCUGCAGUGUGGAGAACGAUCACUGGAUGGUUUCAGAAACUGCUUACCAAUUUCUGCAAAUCACUUGUAAUAAAGUGA